AUGGUUCAUACAACAAACCAACUCAGUCUCACAAGGGACCUCUCCCACGUCCCCAUCACAGCCCUCGCCCUAUCCCGCUCACCCUCCGGCCAGCUCCUCGUCUUCGCCGGCGAAGACUCCGACCUCGUUGUCUACGAAGCCAAGACGGGGCUGCUAAAGGGACGUCUGCUUUCUCGGACGAGCGUCUUCGUGGACCAGCCCAUUCACGGGAUCCAUGUGCGGCACGGACGGGUCCUGGUCUGGGGUCACUGCCAUGUGGCUAUCCUGUCUGUCGAGCGUCUUACCAAGCAGCAGGGGCAUGAUGGCGUCGUGGACGGCGAUGGGAACGACAGUGUGAUUGCCAAGGCUACGGCUCCCGAUUGGAUCUUUCACGGCGCUUUUUCAGAAACUGAUGAUUCCGUGGGAGCCCUCGCCACGGCUCACAACGAAGUCAUACCCCUGAGAUUCUCAUCCGACACGGCAGAAAUCCACCUCGGCGCCGCCAUUGCGCCUUCAAGACCCAUGCUCUACUCUGCACAUCUCACAUGGAUAGCAGACGACACCGUCCUAGUCGCCGGCGGAACAGUCUUUGGCCACGUCGUUGUGUGGAAAUGCCGUCUCGCAGAGCAGCAGCAGCAGCAGCAGCAAACAUCCACAGAAACGCUCUUCAACUUUGAGGGCCACGAGGGAUCAAUCUUUGGCGUGGACAUGUCCACUGUCACGCUCUCCGACGGGAGCUCAGCCCGCAUACUUGCCAGCUGCAGCGACGACAGGACGAUUCGCAUAUGGGACAUUACUGAGCGAGGCGGGGACAAACCGUCUCGUUCGGAUGCCCCUAAGGCACCGCAAGUCAUCGACACAGGCUUCGGUGGCAGUGACUUCAAUGAUGCCCACGACGAUACCCAGAGCCGCAGCCGACAAAAUGCCCCUAUAGCUGCUGCCAUGGGCCACGCCUCACGGAUAUGGGGCGUAAAGUUUGGCCCGUCAUACGGAGAGGAUGCCCUGUCGGUGUACUCCUUUGGCGAAGAUGCGACGAUGCAGAGAUGGCAUCUGAGGUUGAGCCACGCAACAGCGGCUCAGGAGGCUGAUUGCAGCAGCUCGAGACUUCUGACAGGGAAGCUGUCUCACAGCAAGACAUUCUCUCUGCAUAGCGGCAAGCAUCUCUGGUCGAGAGCCGUGCUGCUCGAAGACAAGGCCGCGUUUGUCGCUACCGGUGGCGCCGAUAGUCAGAUCUGCCUCAUUGACGAGUCCAGUCUAGUACUCAGUCAGACUUCAGAUAGUCUUGGUCAAUUACUGACAUUGGAUACCGUCGACAUUCUCAAAGGUCUAGACCAUCCGGGGUCCUCAAACACGGCUGCAAAAGAGAUCAUCAGCCGCUACGACUUCCUCUCGUAUGAUCACAUUCUCGUCUCAACCAGCCAAGGCAGGCUACUCCUUGGCCAUCUGAAAGAGCCUCACGUUGAUCCAGAAUGGGAGCAGAUUGAGGUCCCCCACGACCUGCGAGACGAUGUCAAGCUUUGCUAUGUCGUCAAGGCAAUUGCCCCCACAGCAGCUCUGCUGGGCACAACGAGUGGGAACAUCUACCACUUUCAUCUCCCCACCCAGAGUAUAACACACAUCGCCUCUGUGCCGGGCAAGAUCAUCGAAGUGAACCGUCUAUCAAGUAGGGAUGGAGUGGUCGAGGUAUUGAUCUACCUCCAUGGAAGGGCAGAGUCUCACUACUUUGCAAUCAAUGUCUCAACGGGACAUGUCCACACCCAGGGGCAGACCAAAGGGCUCGACCCCAGGUUUGUCCCUACAGCAGCUGGAAAAUUGAAUGACCUGCUCGUCAUCGGGUCUCGGCAUGGCUUCCUAUCCGUCCUAGAUCGACAAGAGGAUGGAAUGUACCACUCGAUCCUAGACAUCGCGACACGAAGCCGUGAUACCAUCACGGCCAUUCUCCCACUCCCUCCCAAACCAGGCUCGACACAUGCCUCACGUUAUAUCCUCGUCACAAGUCGAGACGGAAAGUACAGGAUAUACGAGCUGGAUCGGCAAUCAGAUUUCAUGUUCCUUCACUUGCGGCACGAAACCUCGCCGCCCUUUGGACCUAUGAUCGCCGGCGCAUGGUUUACCCAGGACACUGUGCCUGAACUCGUUCUAUAUGGCUUCAGGAGUAAAGACUUUGUCAUUUGGAACGAGACACGCCGAGAAGAACUGGCAACCAUUGAGUGCGGCGGUGCCCACCGAACGUUCCAGCUGACAUUUAGCGAAACAAUACCUGGACGGUAUCGUUUCGCCUUCACCAAGACCUCCAAGCUCUCCAUCUCCUCAUCAGAUCGUUUGGCGCAUGAGUGGGUCAAGGCUGGGAUCCACGGCAGGGAGAUUCGAAGCUUGAGUUCCAAUGGUCGUUAUAUCGCGACUGGUGCCGAGGAUACCACCAUUCGCAUCUGGGAGUAUCUGCAAAUUGCAGACGGCGCCCAAGCGGAGCUGCGGUGCGUCGCAGCUAUGAAAGCGCACAUCACGGGGCUCCAAAAGGUUGUUUGGCUGGGCGACGACUAUCUUUUUAGCAGCGCUGGCAACGAGGAAUUCUUCGUAUGGAAAGUGCAGAGCCUGGAGUCGGAUUACACGGGGUUGGCAGUCAUGUGUGAGGGCGUCUUCACAGACAAAAGCGAGGAUGCAGAUCUCCGCAUCAUGGAUUUUGACGUCUGCCAGUCUGAUGAUGGAAGCAGCAUGAUAGUGUCCAUGGGCUUCUCAAACUCGGUGCUCAAGACAUAUCGCUAUACAAGCGACGGCGGCCGAUUUGAACUCCUUGCCAAGGGUAGAUACACAGGUGCAUGCAUCACCCAAACGCGCCAUCUCAGCAUGCGCGAUCAACUCCCACAACUGCUCACAGCAUCCACGGAUGGCCACCUUGCCUUAUGGCGGACCGAGCCACAGGAAGGGGCCAUGCGCGAGUACGUCCUGGAGCAGGCGGUGCCGUUGCACCAGAACAGCAUCAAGAGCCUAGAUUUGAUCGAUUCAGGAGAAGGUUAUCAGGUCUUCACUGGUGGCGACGACAACAGCGUAGCUGUAACAUGGCUCGGUGGGACCUCGGGCAGCACAGGCAGUGCAAGCUGGGCGUUUUCGAGGCGAAACAUUGUGCGCAGAGCCCACGCCGCAGCCAUCGCAGGCGUCCUACUGAUCCGUCGGCGAACGGGAGUCGUCGGAAUAAGCGUAAGCAACGAUCAGCGAGUGAAGCUUUGGAGCAUCCCCAGCGGCGAGGAUGGAAACGUCGAGCUGAUCAGGGGGGAUUGCAUCGGUGUGGCGGACGCGGGAGACAUCGCAGCAGUCGGCGACUUCGACGGUGGCAUGGCGACUAUAGUAAUCGCAGGCGUAGGGCUUGAGGCCUGGAGCCUGAAGUAAUAAGCUGUUCCUGGUUAUAAGAAAGCAAAUGUCAGGAUAUCAUCAUGGCUUGCAAGAAAUGCCUUUAUCGCGUAAUAGGUAACACGGGCACUCCGUGCGAAGUACAUACAUAUCACAACACGGCUUCUCGAUG